AUGGGAAUGGAACUUGCCUUCCAGAUGACCGAUGCUCUUCCGAAUGAGUACGGUAUGAAUGUGGUCAAGGGGAUCCUUUGGAUAGUGUUUGAGGUGAUUCUUUCUUUGUCUCCUUUUUGGUAUCCGGCUGAUCAUGCCCCUGUACAGACUGCAAAAAGACGCGGGGAGAAUCGAGCGAGGAUUUUAGAAGCCUUUGAAAGUAUUCCUGAGACUAUUCUGACAAUCAACUUCUCCUGUAGUUUGUUGAAACCUACUGCAGAGGAUGAGAAACUUCGGCAAGAUUUUCAUCGUGAACUUGUGAAGCGUAUGCCUGAGUUGAUUGAUAUUCUUCUUGGGAGGGCACCCUGGUUUCAACGAGUCAAAGGUUACAUGACACUCAAAGUCAGCGAAACGGCCAAGAUUGGUGAGAUACUAUCCGAGUGGAAUCAAUACAUAACAACCCUCAAGAACCGAGUCAUGCAAAUGAGGGAUAGACUACAGAGCGAGAUUGCAUACCACAGCGCCGAAGCACAUCAGAUGGGAGUCCAGACGUACAACAAGCUUGGCACGUUCGAUAGUCGCUUUGAUGAGAUACAAUCUAUAAUUGUGGGCUUGGGGCCAGCGAUUAUAGCCCAAAUGCAGCAAGAGUUUGGAAAGAGACUCCAGCAGCUGGAACGUUCCGUUCAGGCUCGGGAUGGAAAGUUUGAUUUCACGGCCAAUUACCCCGUUGGCUUUGACAUCAAUAGCCCGCAGAAUAAUCCUGAUUUGGAGCGCCAGGAAUACGACUUCGCUGGCUCUCAACUAUAUACCCAACCCACGCAUGGCGAAUCAUACGCGAUUAUCACACAACUGGAGCUUCUGGGCCUCCUUCGAGUGGGACCUUCUACAGCUCUAGAGGAUCUAGAGUUUAUCCUGCAACAAUCGAACAGAACAACUGAGUUAUCACUCCAGCAAGUGUGGUGGCUCAAUCGGAUGGAUGAAUUCAUCACCUGGUAUCGCGAGCCUUGCUCUUCGCUACUCCUAGUCGACGGACACCUCGAUACCACGCCAUCAGACAGGAUCUCGCCCCUGUCGAUUUUCGACGCAAGCUUUGUACUCAAUCUAGUCCAGAGCCCCUCUCGAAUCACAUUUUUUUUCUUCGCGGGACUCGUCGACGGUGAGGAUGAGGAGAAAGACGCCAAUAUCAAUGAUCCAUGCGGGCUUAUCCGCAGCUUGAUUUCUCAACUGCUAUCCCACGAGAGCCUUCCCCAGCCUGAUCUCCGCUUCCUCACGCAGGAAUGGAUUGAGCAAUGCGAGAUGAAUAAUAUUAAAGCUUUGUGUGACCUAUUCAAGUGUCUAGUCUUCCAGGUGCCCGCGGAUAUGCAGGUAUUUUGUAUUCUUGACGGGUUGGUCGUCUACGAAUGUGAACCCCUGUGGAGGGACGAAAUAGAUUAUAUGGCCACCCUCUUUCAGCAUAUGACUCUGAAAACUGGAUUCAAUGGCAUACCUGUAGUUAAGACACUGUUUACGUUCGCUAAUAGAAGCUUGCAGAUCUCUGAUAGAGUCGACAUGUACCCGGAUAUCUGGAAACAUGCGACUCUGGCAGCUGGGCAUAUUGAUGUCAUGCCUUUGAUGAUAUGA